CGCAUGCGUCAGGGGCGUUCUUCAGAAAAGCGUCUUUUUGCUUCACGUUCGAGGAUUAUUUAUUUAUUUCGAGACAACAAUUUAUUUUCAUGACUGUGAUUGUUGAAAUAUUCUCCUGACUGAUAGUGAUCUGAUUCGUUUAUUUCGUCUUUGAAGUCGCUCCUCUAGCUCUCCAGUGAUGUCUCUGGGAUUCCUGAGGUUUGUUUUGAGUCAGGCACUGAGCCGCCGUCCUCUUCGACCCGUCAGCCACAUCACUGUACUUUCAUCAGCCCUCAGGCCUGCAUGGGGUCACCACACCAUCUCACCCUACCAGCGUGUUUCCUUCUGCACAGAUGCUGAGAGUGUCGAUGUGGCCGAUCACCCAAAGGAGACUAAAAAGCUGGACCCAAGAGCACGAGUCACUUUUAGCAGCGUGGGUAGGAAGAUCGGCCAGCGGCACAUACAAUUAUUGGGUGAGGAUGGUGAGGAGUUGGGCACGGUGCACCGCGCUGAAGUGGUUCGAAUGAUGGACCAAACGGGACUAAAGCUUGUUGCCAUAAAUGAAAAUUCUGAUCCUCCAUUAUACAGACUGAUGAAAGGCAAACAGAUACAUGAAGAGCAGAUGAGACUCAGGGAGACACAGAAAGCCAAGACAGGCCCUGUCCAGUCAAAGGAGUUGAAUUUCUCCUCUGAUAUUUCUCUUCAUGAUUUGGAGACUAAACUGCGGCAGGUUGUCAGCUGGCUGGAGAAGAAGAAUCACGUCAGACUCACGAUCAAAGCUGGAGCUGACAGAAGCACACCUUUGGAUGAAGUCUUGACUCAGAUGGUGGAGAGGAUAACAGUGCCUGUCGGGUUUGUAUCAAAACCCACAGUGGUUCGUGGGGGUCGUGCUGCCAUGUGUGUCCUCCGCCUCGCUUCUGCUAAAGAACUGCGGCAGAAGGCGACAGACACUUCAAACAAGACUGUACAGCGAGACCCGGACACGCCAACAUCUGCCACAGAGAAACCAAAAGACUCGAAGUAA